ACUGGCUAACUUUAGCCUUUCUGUUUGGGGGUGGGAGGGGGCUUCCAUUCCCAUAAUUCAGCUUGCUCACCCAUACGGACAUUUGACACAGCUGAAUCCCCCUCCCCUCCGUAUUGCUGAGUUCAACCCCUUGCUCAUCAGGAGAGGACAGGCACAGAGAGAGAGAGAUAGGACAGGACCGGGAGGCAGACCCCAAAGGGGCUCAUGUUUCGCAGGGCUGGGAACCUGUUGGCUAUGGACUUGAGUUGAGAUUUUGUGUUUUGUAGUUUCGAAAGCAAACAGGAGGCUGGCGGCCUGGCCGCUUUGGUACAAUGCUCCUGGAUUCUAGCUGUCACAGUAGCAGGCACGAUUCUAGGAAUUGCUCGGUGCGCCAAGACACAUCCACAUUGCAUCCCUGGACAAAGCCUGGCAAAUGAGAGUUUUGAAGUGAGCAGACCACUGGGAAAAAGAGUGUUCGAGGGACAUUGGCCAGAACGGAGUUGUCUGCGAGAUCUUUAACAGAAGCUGAUCCUCCUUAGGACAUACUGUAGGAGUAGCUUGUACAUUUUCAUUUUUUUCUCAUUUCCUACUUUUUGAUUCCUUUGAUAUUGCCAAUAUGAUGAUCAAGGAGGCCUCGUUAAGGGAGGAUCCCGACUUUCGGGGUGAACUGGCCUUUUUGGCCCGCGGUUGUGACUUUGUUCUUCCAUCACGGUUCAAAAAAAGGCUCAAAUCUUUCCAGCAAGCCCAGAUCCAGCCUGAGAAGAAACCUGGAACACCUCCUCCAGCUCUAGCACCUGCACCCUCUUCGCCAACCCCACGGCCGCCCAGCCCUCCGCCAGCCAAAGUGGUGGCCCCGCCCCCACCCCCCUCCAUAAACAUUCCACGCUUCUACUUCCCCAAAGGCCUUCCAAACUGUGCAGCCAACUAUGAUGAGGCCAUUGCCAAAAUCGAGGCAGCCUUCACAGAGUUCGAGGAGGAGAAAGCUGACAUUUAUGAAAUGGGGAAGAUAGCAAAGGCAUGCGGUUGUCCCCUCUAUUGGAAAGCACCAAUGUUUAUUUGCGCUGGUGGCGAGAGGACAGGUUUUGUUUCUGUUCACUCAUUCAUUGCAACAUGGAGAAAGUUAUUACACAGCUGCUAUGAUGAUGCAUCCAAGUUUGUUUACUUGCUGGCAAAACCGGGCUGCAAUUACCUGGAACAAGAAGAUUUCAUCCCUCUGUUACAGGACAUCGUGGACACUCAUUCAGGGCUGACGUUUUUAAAAGAUGCUCCUGAAUUCCAUUCCCGGUACAUCACAACAGUGAUUCAAAGAAUAUUUUACACAGUUAAUCGCUCUUGGACAGGCAAAAUCAACAUGACAGAGCUUAGGAGAAGCAACUUCCUCCAGACUCUGGCCUUGCUGGAAGAAGAGGAUGACAUCAAUCAAAUCACAGAUUAUUUCUCUUAUGAGCACUUCUAUGUUAUUUACUGUAAGUUCUGGGAGCUGGACGCUGACCAUGACCUCUUCAUCGACCCCAAGGAUCUGGCCAGGUACAACGACCAUGCCUCAUCAAGCAGAAUCAUUGAGAGGCUGUUCUCAGGAGCUGUCACAAGGGGAAACUCGGUGCAGAGAGAAGGAAGAAUGAGCUAUGCUGAGUUUGUUUGGUUCCUCAUUUCAGAGGAGGACAAAAAGAACCCCACAAGUGUAGAGUACUGGUUCCGAUGUAUGGAUAUGGAUGGAGAUGGUGUUCUGUCCAUGUUUGAAUUGGAGUUUUUCUAUGAGGAGCAGUGUGAACGUAUGGAGGGGAUGGGCAUUGAACCACUGCCUUUCCAAGACCUCCUGUGCCAGAUGCUGGACCUAGUUAAACCAGAAUGCCCAGGUAAAAUUACUCUUCGAGAUCUGAAGCGCUGCAGGAUGGCACAUAUAUUCUAUGACACAUUCUUCAAUCUGGAGAAGUACCUGGACCAUGAGCAGAGAGAUCCUUUUGCAGUGCAGAAGGAUUUGGAUAGUGAUGGUCCAGAGCCCUCAGACUGGGACAAGUAUGCUGCCGAAGAGUAUGAGAUUCUUGUGGCAGAGGAGACGGCCAAUGAACAGCUACGAGAGGGAUCUUUCGACGACGAUUACGAGUCCGAUGAGCUCACAGUCUCCACAGACAUUGGAAAUAAAAUGAAUAAGCUGGUCAUAUCUGAUUUAUCGGGAUAAGUUGCCAUCUUGGUCUACACACCAUGACGUUUUACGGAUAACCACCUCACCAUAUUUUCCCUCCCGUGUCAAAAAGGGAAAACGGUUUUCUACAUUUCACGACAUUUGCGUGUGUGUGCAUGUGUGCAAUAGAACUAAUUCUAAAACCAAAAGGCUUCAGACACCCACGAAAAGGCUUUAUGUGCAAUAUGUCUUAACGUGUAAAUGUAAACUCAUUGUUUUUCCACUCUCUUACUGAUGGUCACAUCCACUCCCCUCAAACUAAACUGCCGGCUGGUUCCAUCCACCCUCCACAACUUUAGAAAGAGUUUAGAAUGUGCUUUAAUGUGAGUGAAUCUAUAUAUAAUGCUGCCAUAUAUUUUUAAAUUGUUGGGAGGGAAAAAAAGAGAGACUUUAUACUUGUGUGGCACGUAACUCACAGAAACUUGUCCUCUCGGACUAAAUCAGAAAUUUUAGUCAUGAGAUCUGCACAUAUCAUGUGCUAUGCUGUGUUGCACAUUGUUUAAGGGAUAUGGCAACGGUGCAAACGUGUUGCUCUCAGUGGUCACUGAUGGUAUUGCAUGUUGUUGAUGAAAAAAAAAAAAAGACAAAAGUUUUGACUUUUACAGUUUGAUCUUAACUAAAGAUAUCGAACCUACAUUUACAUAUUUCCAGAUUAACUGACCAGGACAAUGACUUGAAAGUGCUUUUUGGUAAUGUCCUUUCUCAACCAUUAUAAUAUGUUUUAUCUGGGUUUUAAAAUGAAAUUUAAACUAUAUAUAUAUAUAUAUAUAUAUAUAUAUAUAUAUAUAUAUAUAUUCAUCAUGCUUUUCAUCCUCAGUGUAUAGCUAUUUUGUGUAUGUUUUUAAUUCUCCUGUAAUCAUGUAAAGAGAGCUGUAAAGCACUAUUUAUUUGGUGUAACUCACUGUUUAAGUUUAUAUAGAAGAUCCCAAUCCUUCUGACCCCUAGUUGACCACUCAAUCAAGCCAACAUUCAAUCCACACAGAAUUCAGUGUUCAUGUACCAUCUUCUUCUGUUAACUCACGUUUUCACAUUUAUAGUGAAGCAUGCAAUGUACAACAAAUUGAAAUUGCAAAAACAACCACCUAAAACUGUUUUGCCAUUGGUCAGUCAAACAGCAAGUCCCGCCCCAAACACACACCAUUGGGUUCAAAGCACCACGGAGCAAUAGUGUUUACAAGGAAGUCAACUUAUUCUUGCUUAUAGUUGCGUAUCGUUAAACUGGGAUUGGAGAAAGUAUUUAAUUAUCCAAAAUGACACAAUUCGGCUUUAACAACUGCUCUGUCUCUUAGUGCUGGUCAGCCUGAUUAGUGUUUUGCAAAUGUCUCUCCGUGUGCUUGAUGGCCAAACCUCCCUCUACUCCAUCACACUCUUUGGUUUAUGUAAUUAGUGUAAUAUAUUUAUAUAUGUGAAGUGGUUUUGUUUGUUUUUGCUUGGCUAGCCAUUUACCUGGUUUACCAGUAGCUUUUUCUUGUCCUGUAGUCUCGCUGUUUUUUGACAUAGGACAUUUAUUUUAUAUAGCCACUGUAAAUGUCUUUGUAUUUAAUUUUUCCCAUGUGAUUGACUCUGCCACUGAGUGGUAGGGGAUGUUUAAAUUAUGAUCUAUCUCUAACUGCCUGUGUUCUAUAAUGUGCAUUAAGCUGAGUGGGCAGGGGCUUGACAAUCAACUGGACUUGUUUCUGCGGUUAAUGACAUGCAAGUAGCACUUCUUAGAAAAACAAAACAGAGCAAUACAACUGCUGUAGUGUGAUUACACUUUUAUCAGGACUAUUAGACAUUGGGAUAAAAAUGCAAAGCUGAAACUAAACUUGACUAAUGCUACAAUCCUGGUUCAUUUUCAUCACUAGCACAUUGAGCGCUAUGCAAAUCGGAUCUUCUGGACAGCUAUUGGCAGCUACAGAAGCUGUAAACAACAAAACAUGUUAGUGUGCAACUUUUUUUUCUUUUUUUUGGAGUUUUAUAUCUUUCCAUGUGUUCUUUUGUCUUUUGGACUUGAUAUGUCUUGCAGGCAGUGAAAGACGGGACUUAAGUAGUGUGAUCUCUUAAGUGCUCUGAUGAGAUGGCUCUGGUGUUCGCAUGAAUUUUCCCUCUUUUUUUUUUUUUUUUUUUGAAAAUUAUUAAAAUAAAUAAAAAUGUUAAUUCAU